AUGAAACGGCUCUUGACUACGCUUGCUGUUCUCACGGCCGUGGGAUGCAAUGGUGCUCGCUGCGAUAGCCAUGGCAUGGUCCAGGGAUUCGACGAUAUUGAACCCUCAGCCAACCUCACCUGGACACCAUGCUUCGACGGAUUCGGUUGUUCGAAGCUCGAAGUGCCUCUGGACUACUCAAACACCAGCAUUGGCACAACCUCAAUCGCCUUCAUCAAACUCGCCGGCAAGAACGCCACGGCUGAGUCCCCAAACCUCGUGAUUCUACCUGGCGGGCCGGGAGGUUCCGGCAUCGCACAACUUCUCGAAUACGCAGCUUUUGCAGGGAAGAUGUUUGGCGACCAGUACAACAUUGUUUCCUUUGACCCUCGCGGCGUGAACAACAGCGGCCCGGGGCUUGACUGCUUCUCGGGCAACCAGGAGGCAAGGUCUGCCUUUUUCGCACUGCAUAGAACCGGCGCUACCAACAUAUCGUCCACGUCCUUCGAGCAGCAGUACUACUCGGCCUCUAUUUACGGAGAGUGGUGUAACGACGCUGUCGCGAACGGUUCAUCUCAUGGGUAUUAUGUGACCACUCCGGCAGUCGCCCAUGACUUGAUCACGUUCAUCGAAGCCGAUGCCCUGUCCGUCGGCCGAGCACCCGCAGAGGCCAAGUUGUGGGCCUAUGGCAUCAGCUACGGCACUGUCGUCGGCACCACCUUUGCUUCCAUGUUCCCCGACCGAAUCGGGAGAAUGGUCCUCGACGGCGUUAUUAAUGCAGACCAAUACUACGACAAUGACUGGCGGGACAAUGUCGACAAGAUGGACGCAGCCAUGGAGAGCUUCUCCACCUCCUGUCACUCCGCCGGUCCUACAAACUGCUCCUUCUGGGGACCCACGCCGGCCAACAUCACGGACAGACUCAACGGACUGAUUGAACAACUUCUGGACCACCCGGUCCCGAUAAGCGGAGUCCCAGGCCGGACUCUGCCGACGAUGGUCACCUACUCCGACCUGAAGGCCUCUUUUAUCAAUGCUAUCUACGAGCCGCUCGCAGGCUUCCCGCUCAUGGCCGAAAUGCUCCAUCAGCUUGAGCAGGGCAACGUGUCUGCUCUCGCAGGCAGGUUCGACUCGCUGCGCGACGCAUCCGACGCGCGUCUCGUCAUCCAAUGCGUCGAUCCGUCCCGGAGAAACAAGCUUACCACCAUCGAGGAAUUCAGGGACUACGCCGAGUACACCGUCUCCAAGAGCAAGUACAUCGGUGACAUCUACCCCAUUUACGUGGAGCAGAUUCUGUGCAGAUCAUUCCAGCCGCAUUUGCCCGAUAGUAUGUUUAUGCAAGCUGACCCUCGUCGUGGUUAUGCAGAGUCAGUGCUUGGGGCAAACAAGCCGACAUCCUUCCCGAUCCUGUUUGCGAGCAACACCAUCGACCCCAUUACGCCCUUGAUAUCUGCGCAGAAAAUGUCCUCUGGGUUCCAAGGGUCGGUUAUUCUAAAGCAAGAAGCUGUCGGCCACACAGUCAUCAACCAGCCGGGAUCAGACUGUUACUUCGCGCAUGUCCAGGCAUACCUGCAGGGCGUAGUUCCGCCGCCCAACACCACAUGCCCUCAGCAAUCCAUGAUCAAUGCCACCUAUCUCCGCGUCAUCAUGGUCGGUGUACGGAACUGCGGAGUCGCCAUCUGUCCACCGCUCUUCCUCACCAGUCACCGUCCCCUGGUCUCCCUUGGCCCCAACAUCAACAUCACCAAGCGAGCUUUGCUCCAUCCACCCAGCAGCCCUCCUACUCACCCGAUACCUCAGCCACGCAAGGCCCGCCGCCACAGAUACCAUCAAUCAGCUACCCCAAACAAUGGCCAAGAACAACCCGGCUCUCCGAGGAGCCAUCGUCACCCCCUCAGGAAGAUACUCGUUCACACUCCCGGACGUACCCGCUCCCCCCCCCGGGUCCUGGACGUGCGCUGGGCAGGCCGGGCACUCCCACGCGAAGGCGUUGGGGAGGGCGUGCAGCGUGAACAUGAACUCCAUGCUGUGCGGGGCGGAGGUGGUCAUGAUGCCGUCGUACUGUCGUGGGCGUUUUUGCCGUCAGUACUCACGAUGUCGUCUCCCAUGCCUGGGCGAAUGGGGAAAAAAAGGAAGAAAGAAACCCAUACCGAGACCAUGGAGAGCUGCGGCAGACUCAGCUCCAGCGUUCCAGGCCUCUUGAUCGAAGGCACGAGGAACGUCCCCGCGCGAGGAGGAGCAGCAGUGUCGUGA